AUGCAGAUUCUUCGUGAAUCAUCUGCAAUGAAUGAUCCAAUCCAAGGCUUCGAUGCACAAUUUAAAUAUGGACGAAUGUUUCGUGCAGGAGAGGUAUAUGCACCGCAUGAUCUCAAUGAAGAAAAUUAUAAAGACAAAAAUCCACGAAAAUAUCAAAGGUUACAGCCAAAUACUGAUGUAUUUGAAAGAUUGGGUCUUGAUCCUUUGAAAGAAUAUAAAAAUUUUAGAUUAUUAUCAAAUUUCGUUUCCGAUAUGGGAAAAAUUCUUCCAAGAAGGACUACAGGCUUAACAGCAAAAACUCAAAGAAAAUUGGCGAAGGCUAUCAAACGUGCUCGUUCAUUUG